AUUGGUCGAAAUGCAACAACCGGAAAAGCAAGUACUUGUCAGAGCUUAGUAGCCAAGUCCUAUUGCUUUACUAAAACGUUUAGUUCGUUCUGUAGGUACUCUUUAUUAAACAUACAUACUCCAAAUAAUGACGUAGCUAGCCAUUUUGUCGUGUGCUGCUGAUUUCCCACGGCUUUAUUUGGUGAAUACAACGCUAAAUAGCUAGCCGGCGACGUCAUUUCAACUAUAGGGAAGCCGUUUAGCCUCGUUAGCAUAUUUGACAGCUACGAGCGUCCACCAGUUAUAACAGCACUUGGAAUUUAUUACGUAUCAAGACCGAGUGCUGGUUGCUUAGCUUUAGCACCACUCUUGGGUUUAAACAGCGUCACUUGUCGUAGCGUGACGUAAUCUUCGCUGAAUGUACGGGGACAGAAGAAGCAGAGAUAGCAGCUCCAGCUAGCGGCUUGCCAUGGCGAGAGUCUCGCUUAUUUACACCUUUGUCCUCUUCGUAGUCUUCACCUACCGAAUAACAGCUGACGAGGAGCCAGAUGGGAAUGACAGACAAGAGUUAAAGUCCUACCACGAUCCCGAAUCGGAGGAGGACGACAUCCGUUUGAAUUCCAAAAUUGUUGAGGCCCCUUCCUCAACCACUACUGGUGAUGUGCCAGAAGAAGAGAAGCAACCAGGAGAGCUUCUGCCAGGAGAAACAAAAGAAGACCUGCCAGAACAACAUGUUAAAGUGGAGAAACCUAAAGAAGUUCCCAUUGUUAACGGCGGCACAGCCGACGGUGAGCCGUGUGUCUUUCCUUUCCUCUUCCAAAGCAAAGAGUACUCCGACUGCACCACCAACGGUCGAGGGGACGGACGACUGUGGUGCUCAACAACGUACAACUACGACAGUGACAAAAAAUGGGGUUUCUGUGAGACCGAAGAGCAGGCGCAGCUGAGAAUGCAAGCGGAGGAGGCAGAAGAUGAGUACCAGAACUUCCUGCAAAUGCUUAACAGCACUACUAGGAAGAGUCAGAGGAAAGCGCUAUACGAGAAGUUGCUAAAGGUAGCCGAGGGAGGCCACCAGCGUGCCAUGGAGAAGGUGGCAUACGCAAUGUUGUUCGGAGACUACUUGAGUCAAAAUAUCAGCAGGGCCAGGGACAUGUUUGAGAAGCUGGCCGUGGAGGGCUCACCAAAAGCACAGACGGCUCUUGGAUUUCUGUACGCUGCGGGGCUUGGAGUUAACUCAAGUCAAGCUAAGGCUUUGGUCUACUACACUUUUGGUGCCCUAGGAGGCAACUUGAUCGCUCGCAUGAUUUUGGGCUACAGAUACUGGGGAGGCGUGGGCGUCCCCCAGAGCUGCGAAUCUGCGUUGACCCACUACAAACUAGUAGCCAGUCAGGUGGCCAGUGACGUCUCCCUGACGGGCGGCUCGGCCGUGCAGAAGAUCCGACUGCUGGACGAGCUGGAGAACCCGGGCUCUACUAGCGGCAUGCUGGAGGAGGACCUUAUUCAGUACUACCAGUUUCUUGCCGAGAAGGGAGACGUUCAAGCGCAGGUGGGGCUGGGUCAGCUGCACCUGCAUGGAGGGCGUGGCGUUGAACAGAAUCACCAGAGGGCGUAUGACUAUUUCAACCAGGCUGCCAAUGCAGGGAAUACACACGCUAUGGCUUUUCUUGGCAAAAUGUACAGUGAAGGCAGCGACUUCCUUCCUCAGAACAACGAGACAGCCUUGGAAUACUUCAAGAAAGCCUCGGACCUAGGAAAUCCAGUAGGCCAGAGUGGCCUGGGAAUGGCCUACCUAUAUGGACGGGGCGUCCCUGUGAACUACGAGCUGGCGUUGAAAUACUUCCAGAGAGCAGCUGAACAGGGUUGGGUUGACGGGCAGUUGCAGCUAGGCACUAUGUACUACAACGGAAUGGGAGUGAAACGCGACUACAAACAAGCGCUCAAGUUCUUCAACCUGGCCUCGCAGGCAGGUCACAUCCUGGCCUUCUACAACCUGGCGCAGAUGCACGCCACCGGCACCGGCGUCAUGCGCUCGUGUCAUACGGCAGUGGAGUUGUUCAAGAACAUGUGCGAGCGUGGUCGCUGGUCCGAACGUCUGCUGACCGCAUAUGGCAGCUUCAAAGAAGGCGACAGCGAUGCAGCAUUAGUGCAAUACCUGCUUUUGUCCGAGCAGGGCUACGAGGUGGCUCAAAGCAACGUGGCCUUCAUUUUAGACCAAAAGGGCGCAAAAAUCUUUAACGAGAACGAGACAUAUCCUCGAGCUUUGCUCCACUGGACCAGAGCGGCCGCUCAAGGUUACACAGUAGCCAGGAUCAAACUGGGCGACUACCACUUCUACGGUUUCGGCACCGACGUGGACUAUGAGACUGCAAUCAUCCACUACAGGCUGGCUUCAGAGCAGCAGAAUAGUGCUCAGGCUAUGUUCAACUUGGGUUAUAUGCAUGAGAAGGGAUUGGGCAUAAAACAGGACAUUCACCUAGCCAAGCGCUUCUACGACAUGGCGGCAGAAGCCAGUCCUGACGCCCAGGUGCCGGUUUUCCUCGCUCUAUGCAAGUUGGGUCUGGUCUACGCACUACAGUACAUGCAGGAACUCAAUCUAAGGGACUUGAUCUCUCAAGUGGAUUUGGACCAACUUCUCGGCCCCGAGUGGGACCUCUACCUCAUGACUGUCAUCGCGUUGCUGCUGGGCACCAUCGUCGCAUACCGCCAGCGUCAACGCCAGCACCAGAUCAUGAUGCCCCCUCGGCGUCCCGCGCCUCCGCCGCCCGCCGAAGCCGCCCCCGCCCCUGCCGACCCACCUCAGGACCCUCCACAAGCCCCGGCAGAGGAAGAGGAGAGGCAAUGAAAAAUGAACAAACUCUCUCUGCGCUGGCCAGCGUGCUGCGAAAAGACUCAAAACACCCACCUGCGCGUGCGGUUUCAUGAGAAAACACAGAUGUGGGACUGGGACUCCUCAACUCAGGAGUGAAAAACACUCUGGACUACAGACGAUCAAAGAAAACGCUCAAAUCAUCGAGGAGAAAGGUUUUUGCAUGUUUCAUUUGAGGUUUUUUCAUCAGUAGUGCUAAACAAACCUUAAUUUAUGCGACAACUGGAUUUUUCUUUAUUUAAUUUUUUGUUUUUGUUUUUUUAAAAUCACAAUCAAUACACAUAAAACCUUACGGAAAGUUACCUAUUCAGCCAAAACGGAUUCAACCAUUUUGUUUUCUUUCUACAUGCAUGACAUCACAUUAAAAACAAAAAAUUCUAAUGAAACACUGGU